UGCAAAACGGGGCUCUUUUUUGGCAAGAUAAAACACAAACAAUAAUUAGAGACCAAUGAAGAAACCUAAUCGUGCUGUUUUCUACAACGCCACCUAAGAUGUUAACAAAGUGAAGUAUGUGAAGAAGAUGGAUCCACAAGAAACUAUCGAAUAAUAUCUUUGAAGUGUUUCGUCAAAGCAAACAUCCUUUUAUUUCUUCAAAAUUCUAUUCAUUUUUAGGAAUUGCUUACAUAAAACCAUCUUUCGCCGUCUUGUGGCGCUCCCUAACGGCAUAGUGAUUCAACAGCCAAGUGAACGUGGAUAAAUUUUGACAACACACGGUUGUUCCAGCUGCUACUGAGUAGCGUGCUUUCCUGGGAUUUAGCCUGGAACUUCCGAGCAAGUCCAUUGUUGUCAAAUUCUCAUCAGUAUAUCCUCAACAAGUGGAACAACAUAGCAUUUCAAGGAAAGAAGCAACCCGUGAGCAAUGACAAGUGUAGAAUCCCGGUUUUUAGAUCAAAAGGCCAGCAUCAUGCCAGUUUCACUCCGAGGUCGCAAAGUGGAGGACGAAGGCGUUGUACCACUCAUUAAUGAGAAUGAUUCACGGCAUCAAAGUCCGGACAAAAUGGGACAGUCGGAGUACCAAGAAAAAAAGGGCAUCAAGGGCGACGAGUUGAAUGUGGCCGUUCUUCUGUUCUUGUACGUUUUGCAAGGGAUUCCUUUGGGACUGGCUGCGGCCAUUCCCCUGUUGUUGACCAAUCGUCAUGUCAGCUACAAAGAUCAAGCUCAAUUCAGUUUCGCAUAUUGGCCCUUCUCCAUCAAGCUCUUGUGGGCUCCCAUAGUGGAUUCGUGCUUCAUUUCCAGCUUUGGGCGUCGCAAAACAUGGCUAGUUCCCGUCCAGUAUCUGAUUGGGAUCACUAUGCUUUUAUUGUCGGCCAAUGUAGACUUCUACCUUGGGGAACACGAUCAGAGCCCAAAUAUCGUUGCUCUGACGGGCAUGUUCUUCUUUCUAAACUUUCUGGCGGCCACGCAAGAUAUCGCCGUGGAUGGUUGGGCCUUGACCAUGUUGCAGCGACAUAAUGUGGGUUACGCCUCCACGUGCAACUCUGUGGGACAGACAGCGGGUUACUUCUUGGGUUACGUCUUCUAUAUUGGUCUAGAGAGCUAUGGAUUGGUCACAUUGUCCGGAUUCUUGUUCUUUUGGGGCAUUGUGUUCCUAUGUGCCACUACGUUGGUGGCCAUUUUCAAGCACGAGGUGACGGACAAAACCAAAUUGACUUCCGCCGAGGAGAAUCACCCGGAUUUGGGCGUGGUGGAGACGUACACGCUUUUGUGGAAAAUCAUAAAGCUCCCUCUGAUGCCCUUCAUGAUAUUGGUGCUUUUAACGAGUAAAAUGGGUUUCUCGGCCGCUGACUCUGUAACGAGCCUAAAGUUAAUCGAACAAGGAGUGCCCAAAGACAAAUUGGCCAUGUUGGCCGUGCCCAUGAUCCCGCUUCAAAUACUACUUCCAUUGGUUAUCAGCCGAUAUACUGUCGGCUCCAAGCCCAUGAAUGUGUACCUGAUGGCAAUCGUACCAAGAUUAAUUUUGGGCCUGAUUUUCGCCGGACUGGUUUACGUUACACCCAUGUUCAUGCUAGGCAAUGGACAGUUCCCCUUGUAUUACUACGGCAUGAUCGUAUGCAUCUACUCCGUGCACCAAAUAUUUGCCAAUUGCAUGUUUGUCAGCAUCAUGGCCUUCUUCGCCCGCGUAAGUGACCCGGCCGUGGGUGGAACCUACAUGACCAUGUUGAACACGCUCACCAAUUUGGGCGGCAAUUGGCCUGCCACAUUGGCGCUUUGGGCGGUGGAUAGCAUCACGGUCAAGGAGUGUCAAGGCGGAGACCGCGAAAAGAUUGCCCCAUCCAAUGUAUGCGACGGUGCGGUUCAAACCGACUUAUGCGAAGAUUUCGGUGGGACUUGCGUGGUCUUGACUGAAGGCUACUACAUUGAAAGUGUGGCAUGCUUCUUCUUAGGUUUAUUGUGGUUGUUGUGGGGUUGGAGGACCAUCAAGUGGUUACAGGACGCAAACUUGGAUGAAUGGAGAGUGGUUGAGACCAAAAAGCAGAAAGUCUGACGCAAGGUUGAAGGUGUUUCUUAUCAUCCCUUGGCUGUCCAUGACGCAGACGACGAAAUUGAAAACGAAACAGAAACUGAGCAGGACGUACCUUGUUGACUUAUGUUGUGAUGCCACCAAGUUCGUUAUUAUGGCAUUUAAACAGACUUUGGUUCAUCCACGAUUCCUGAAAGUAGGUCCAAUGUUUGAAUGUGAACCAUCAUGCUUUACUGAAAUGAACGUUACUUUAAGGCUA